AUGGUUUUAUUGCAGUACGAUUCUUCGUGUUGUGAGAACUGUGCAAAAUCAAAUAUGAGUGAAAAUUUUCAUGACAUGAUAGCACAACUGUGUUUGAAACAAUUUUAUUCUUUACCGAAAAGUGGUAAACCAAAACAGAAUGAAUGGACUAUUUUGUCGGCUAUAGUGUUAGAAAAUGAAAAUAAAUAUGAAGUAGUUGCAAUGGGAACUGGAACAAAAUGCAUUGGCCAGGACAAGCUAUCGAAAGAUGGAGAUAUUUUAAACGAUUCUCAUGCAGAAGUUAUUUGUAGAAGGGCUUUCAUACGAUAUAUUUAUGAAUGCAUGUUACAUAAAAAUAUCGACUUAUUUAAAUUUAACUUAAAUAGACAAAUAUUUCAAUUAAAAGAUUCUGUAAAGUUUCACUUUUUUUCAACUCAUGUUCCAUGUGGGGAUGCCGCUAUAUUUUCAAAACAGAAUGCCGAAGAAUUUGGAGAUUUAUUAAUUAAUGCCAAUUCCACAAAUGUAGCCCAUUCUAAGAAGCGUGGAAACUGUGACAUGGGUUCUAGAAAUAAGAAAAUAAAACUCCAACAAAGUACUGAUAUUUUUAGAACUGGAGCAAAAUGUUUAAAAGAAGACAAGAAACAGGAUCCAAAACUGGAAGGUGCUAAUUUUCAUGUUACUGGAGUGGUUCGAAUUAAGCCUGGCCGAGGUGUACCAACACUAUCUGUUUCAUGCAGUGACAAGUUAUCAAGAUGGUGUCAUUUAGGUGUACAAGGAGCAUUGUUGAGUAUUUUACUAGAUAAGCCAAUAUAUUUCAGUUCUUUUACAAUAUGUGGAGGUACACCAUAUAAUGAAGAAGCAAUCAUGAGGGCGUUAUUAAAUAGAGUAGGAAACGUAAGCUUACAACCACCCUUCCAAAAAUGUAAUAUUAUUUUGGGACAAGCAAAUUUAUUAUUCUCUUAUGGUAAAGUGGAAAAUAAGAGUCCCUGCCCCUCCAGUAUAGUGUGGCUCAAGGGAAAAAGUAUUGAAAGGCAGAUUGAAGUUGCAGUUGACGGGAGAAGGCAAGGAGUAACGAAAAAACAACUGAAAACAACCGGGGCAUUAAAAAUAUCUAAAUUAGAAUUGUUUAAAGCUUUCGUAAAUGUAAUCAAACAAUUUGAAUUAAGACUAGAAAACAUCACAAAUUUGGAUAAAGUGACUUAUAAAGAAAUCAAAAUGUAUUCACAUAAUUACCAGAAAUGCUGGUCUUCUCUUAAAAGUAAUUUUAAAAUUUGGACUGUAAAAAACAAUGAUUUGAUGACUUUUUGUGUAUCAUAAUACCCAACCCACGAAAGUCAACUCUACAUUAAUUGUCCAUUUAUAAACAACUCUCAAUACAAAAUUUUCGCAUAUCUCAUUCCAGAUUAAAAUGAUUUCACCAACUUUAAACACUAGGGAAUAAUCUUGAAUUUAUUAAUUACUCGUAAAAGUUGUUUUAAGUUAAAGUAUAGUUUCGAUUUAUCGUUUGAGCAGUGUAUGUACUUCAUGAUCAUAACUGAUCAUAAAUUGGCAAGAAAUUGUAAGUUUAUUAACGCAACGGCUCCUAUAUGAUUUAAUUAAUUUAAUGUUUGAUUCUAUACAUAUCGGCAAUAUAUACACAUAAAUCGUGAGACUAAAAUUUUGAAGUUAUGUGGUGGCAAACAAGUUGACAAAGUUAUUAUUUCAGUUACUUUGAUUUGCAAUGGAGUUUAUGUAACAAUUGUAUUUUAAUGUGACAUUGAUUUUUAAUUUUUUAACGUAAUUUAUGAAUUUUAUUUGUACAUAAAGAACCGAAAAUUUAAAUAAAGAUAUUUUGAUUA